UUUGGUCUCGUUGACCUAAAAUUCCUGCAAUUCCUGCAUUGCUGCCUAUAGGACAUUGUAUUCCUCCCGCACGAUAAGCCAAGGCAUUGCAGGGUCUCUCUUGUAAAAGCCUCCGCCUAUCCGUCUUGCAUUCGUCCCCCAGACACCACCGUCAUACACUUCCGAAUCACUUCUAAAAAAAUGAUACUGUCCGCGAAGCUCUUCCCUCACAAGCCCAGAUCAGAACUCGACCGUUGGAACCUGAUACCCUGAUUACCAGAAAGCAUAAAAAAUCAUCUUGGACAGAGUACGUACCUUCAACGUGCAUACCCAGCCUUACGGUCCGCCUACCGGUGAAGGCCACCACACCACCAUGGCGACACACGAUAAACUACCCUCCUACUUCCCCAACGGCCAGCCUACAUCGCCGCCGAUGACACCUGGCACGCGCUCGCACUCACGCUUCCCCCCUCAAACUAGCCACACCUCUCCAAUUUACAAGCGCAUGGGCCUUUCGAUGCUCGCUCAAUCUCCUCCGCUCGAGUUCAUUGAGCCAAUAGGGCAAGGCCCUCAAUUCCACUUCACACGUCCACAGUCAGGAGAUCAGUCAUCCCGCCCAUCGAGCGCUUCUGGUCAAGCCUGCGCUACAACCCCUCAAGAUUCCGAGUAUGAGGAUGAAUCUGACGAAGAAAGUACCAAGGAAAUAGAGAGGCCUGCUCGCAGGGUCGAGAAAGCCGAAUUUGUACUCGAGGAAUUGGAUAGCGAUCCAGGCUACGAUAGCGACAUAGAGAUAGUGCGACCAGAUCAUUUCGAAGAUGCAAUAAGCGACAUCAGUGCGGAUAAACAGGAACAGAAUGGAAUCAUCGACCAAUUCAAGGGAUUGCGGUGUGCCGGAGGGUCAUCUGAUGAAGAAGAGCGGCAGCGGAUCUAUCGGAGAAAAAAGAAAAGGUGGAGUGCCGGAAUAUUCAAGCGAAGCCACAGUCAGAGCGUUGAAGGGGACAGCAGUUACUCUGAUAACGAUCCGUUGGAUGAUGUGGAUGCAAGCGCUCGUCGGCUCCGGCGACGAGUGAGAGGGCCUGGCGACAGAUCAUCUUUGAUAUUCGAAGACAAAGGCUUCCCGAAUUCUAAUAAUAUCGUGGAAGUCGAAGAACCCGAAGAUGUAGCACACUCGAAAGGCCCCCCGUCCAUUCCUUCUGAUGAUGGGUUUACCUUAGAUGAGCUGCCGUUUUGGGUGGUGGAGGACCCGAUGGAUGUCGAGUUUGACUCUUCCUAACCGAUUUUUCUGUGUUGCCCAUAGAUUGAAUCUCAGAUAUCUUUCUCCUUAUUCUUUGGCAAGCGGGCAUUAUUGUAUUUAUUAGACGGUUUCGACCUGGUGUUUUUUCUUUCUAAACCCAACCAUUUUUACAUUCUGGUUCCUAAGCGCUGAGGUGUCUACGAAAGCGCCACAAGCAUCUCAUUUCAAAUCUCCGCGCCGCAAGUG